AUGUUCGUUAUAAAAAGAGACGGUCACAAAGAACCUGUUCAAUUUGACAAAAUCACUUCAAGAAUUUCUCGUCUAAGUUAUGGUCUUGACCCAAAAAGAAUUGAUGCCGUUAAGGUCACACAACGUAUCAUCUCUGGUGUUUAUGAAGGUGUUACAACUUCUGAACUAGAUAACUUGGCUGCUGAGACAUGUGCAUACAUGACUACUAUCCACCCUGAUUAUGGUACUUUGGCUGCUAGAUUGGCUAUCUCCAAUAUUCACAAACAAACUAAAAAAAAAUUCUCAGAUGUUGUCAGUGACCUUCAUGAUUAUAUUAACCCAGCUAAUGGUAAAGCAGCACCAAUGAUUUCUGAUAAGGUUUAUAACAUUGUUAUGGAAAACAAAGAAUUAAUCAACUCUACAAUUGUUUAUGACAGAGAUUACUCUUUUAAUUACUUUGGUUUUAAAACCUUAGAACGUUCUUAUCUACUAAGACUCGAUGGUAAAGUUGCCGAACGCCCUCAACAUUUAAUUAUGAGAGUUGCACUAGGUAUUCAUCUUAAUGAUUUAGAUUCCGUCAUCGAAACUUAUAAUUUGAUGUCGUUAAGAUACUUCACACAUGCUUCCCCAACUUUAUUCAAUGCUGGUACUCCAAAACCUCAAAUGUCUUCUUGUUUCUUAGUCGCUAUGAAGGAUGAUUCCAUUGAAGGUAUCUAUGAUACCUUAAAAGAAUGUGCUAUGAUCUCUAAAACUGCUGGUGGUGUUGGUCUACAUAUUCACAAUGUUCGUGCUACUGGGUCUUAUAUUGCUGGUACUAAUGGUACUUCUAACGGUAUUAUUCCAAUGGUCAGAGUUUUCAACAAUACUGCUCGUUAUGUGGAUCAAGGUGGUAACAAGAGACCAGGUGCUUUCGCUCUAUUUAUUGAACCAUGGCAUGCAGAUAUUUUUGAUUUUAUUGAUAUCAGAAAGAAUCACGGUAAAGAAGAAAUUCGUGCAAGAGAUUUAUUCCCAGCCAUGUGGAUUCCAGAUUUAUUCAUGAAGCGUGUUGAAGCAAACGAUCAAUGGACUCUUUUCUCUCCAAGUGAUGCUCCUGGUCUAGCUGAUGUCUAUGGUGAUGAGUUUGAGGAACUAUACACUCGUUAUGAAAGAGAAGGCCGUGGUAAGACAAUCAAGGCUCAAAAAUUAUGGUAUGGUAUCUUGGAAGCACAAACAGAAACUGGUACCCCAUUUAUGGUCUACAAGGAUGCUUGUAACAUAAAGACAAACCAAAAAAACCUAGGUACUAUCAAAUCAUCUAAUCUAUGUUGUGAAAUCGUCGAGUAUUCAAACCCAGAUGAAACUGCUGUCUGUAACUUAGCAUCUAUUGCUCUACCAGCUUUCAUUGAAACUUCUGAAGAUGGUACUACUUCUACUUAUAACUUUGAGAAACUACAUGAAAUUGCUAAGGUUAUAACAAGAAACUUGAAUAGAGUUAUUGAUAAUAAUUACUACCCAGUUCCUGAGGCCAGAAACUCUAAUAUGAAGCACAGACCAAUUGCCCUUGGUGUUCAAGGUCUAGCUGACACAUAUAUGCUGUUACGUUUACCGUUUGAAUCUGAUGAAGCUGGUAUUUUGAAUAAACAAAUCUUUGAAACCAUUUACCACGCUUCCUUGGAGGCAUCUAUGGAAUUAGCUAAAAAAGACGGCCCAUACGAAUCAUACGAAGGUUGUCCUGCAUCUCAAGGUAUCCUACAAAUGGACUUAUGGAAUGCUGAACCAUUUGGUAUGUGGGACUGGGCCAAGUUAAAAGCUGAAAUUAUCGAGAAUGGUUUGAGAAAUUCUUUGACAAUGGCUCCAAUGCCAACUGCUUCUACUUCUCAAAUCAUGGGUUACAAUGAAUGUUUCGAACCAUUAACUUCCAACAUGUACCAACGUCGUGUUCUAUCUGGUGAAUUCCAAAUUGUCAAUCCAUACUUGUUACGUGAUCUAGUUGAUAUGGGUAUUUGGAAUGACAGUAUGAAACAACAUUUAAUUACUGCUAAUGGUUCUAUUCAGGGUCUACCAAACGUUCCACAAGAACUAAAGGAAUUAUACAAGACUGUCUGGGAAAUUUCUCAAAAAAAAAUUAUCGACAUGGCUGCUGACCGUUCCAUCUAUAUUGAUCAGUCUCACUCUUUAAACCUGUUCCUACGUGCUCCAACAAUGGGUAAGAUCACUAGUAUGCAUUUUUACGGUUGGAAGAAGGGUUUGAAGACUGGUAUGUACUAUCUAAGAACUCAAGCUGCCUCUGCCGCUAUUCAAUUCACUAUUGAUCAAAAGGUUGCUGAUCAAGCCGGUAAAAAGAUCGCUGAUAUUGAAAACUUGCACCGUCCAUCGUAUGUCCCAACUGGUACUAAAUUUACAGAUGGCGUUACAUUGGAGAAGACCAAUUCUGGCUCAUCGUCGUCUAGUGAAUCUAUCACUAGUGGUGUCUCUACAAUUAAGCUAAAUGAAACCGAGCCGGUUGUUCCACAAGAUGAAAAUGUUUCUCAAAAGAAAUUUGGACAAACAAGUGAAAGAAAUACUCUUCAAUCAGGUAUCAGUUGUACAGAGAGAGAUAACUGA